ACGCCCUACUACUUCCUGACGCUGCCUCGUCACGUGACGCCCGCGAGUCCAAGACGGCGAAUGAGCUGCUGCCACCGAUGCCCUCGGCCUCUCCGCCGUCGAUGAUCGUCUCUUCUCUCUCAGUGUCCGCCUUCGCCUGACCUCUCGCCGCCGCCGGCAUCGGCCUCCCCAUCCGCCGUACCUCCUGCUCUCGGUCACUCUUCCGAGCACGUCUCGAUUCCAAGAUCCUUCUCCUCGGCCUUAGUGUGUUCGCGAAAAACUGCCUGUGCUAGGAGCCUAGGCGGGGGAGGGAGGUGUCAGAUUCGCUUGCUCUGAUAGCCGAUGAUGGAUUUAGCUUGUGGCGUUCGGACGCCGUCGAUGGCGCUCGAUCGCGGCAUUGGUUCGGGUUAUUUGAGGUUGGGAUACAGAGGGCGGAGUCGCUAUUCAGUUCACGAGUCUAGAGUUCAUAUCGGGACUGGCUCUUUGGGGAGGAAACGUUGCGGGCUUCGUUGCAUUCCUGGCGAAGCGCAUGGGAGAGGUUGGGCGGACUUGUUUAGUUUUUCCGAGCAAAGGGGGAAGGUUUAUCUCCUUAGCCAUCGGAAACUUUUGAACCGGUCCAUGCUAUUGAGUUGUCAUUCCAGUGAUUCGAUGGCAUAUAUUGACGCUAGCAGAGAAGAUACUGAUUUGACUCAAGGUGAAUUUGUAGAUGAACAUAAAUCUGAUAUGGAGGAAUCAGAAAUAGAGCCUGCUGAUGAUUCUAAGUCGAUUAGCCCGUUGGCAGAGGAAAAAGAUGCCUGUCAGAUGGAUGAGCCGAGGGAGUUGCUCCAGAAAGCUAUCAAAGAAUUGCAGGCUGCUAGAAUUAACAGUGCCAUGUUUGAGGAGAAGGCAUUGAAGAUAUCAGAAACAGCAAUUGCCUUGAAAGAUAAAGCUGAACAUGCUUGGGAUGAUGUCAAUUCUGCUGUUUCCACCAUUCAGGAGAUUAUUAUUGAGGAAGAUAUUGCCAAAGAAGCAGUUCAUAAGGCUACCAUGGCACUUUCGAUGGCUGAGGCCAGGCUGCAGCUGGCACAAGGAGCUACUGAUUCCAAAAUGGAACAGAAGAUAUUGCUAGAACCUUCUGCUGAUAACAACAAUGAACAAACACUUUUAUCUGCUCAAGAAGAGAUCAGGAGCUGUAAGGAAACCUUGGAAAGCUGUGACGAAUCAUUGAAACAUAUCCAAAUAAGGAAACAGGAACAUCAGAAAGAAGUAGAGAGGUUACGUGAAAUUGCUGAGAAUGCUCAGUUGGAAUCAUUAAAGGCUGAGGAGGAUGUGUUGAACAUUAUGCUUCUUGCUGAAAAAGCAGUUGCAUUUGAAGUUGAGGCUACUCAACAUGUUAAUGAUGCAGAGUUGGCAUUACAGAGAGCUGAGAAAGCCAGCACGUCUACUGAUGCUUCAGAACAGCAACCACAACCUUCUGAAGACCAGUUAGUUAAGGAAGAGACAAUUUAUGUGGAGUUAGCAGGAGCUACUAUUGAUGAUGGAACUUCUGAAAGAGAUGAUGUUGUUCUUGGUGAUGUAACUGUUAAAAGUACUGAAGAGGUUAAAUCAUAUGAUGAAAUGAGUGAUAAAGAGAAUGGAAAGUUAAUUUUGGAUUCUGUCAAAGAUGCUGAUAUGGAGGUGGAAAAGUCAAAGGCAAAGAAGCAGGAACAGAAGGACUUGAUUAAGGAUAGCCCUCCAUCUCUUUAUUCCCCCAAGACAUUAUUGAAGAAGUCAUCAAGAUUUUUUUCUGCAUCAUUUUUUUCUUUUCAUGUAGAAGAUGAAAAAUUCACACCUGCCUCUGUCUUCCAUGGCCUUGUUGACUUUGCAAAGAAGCAAGCACCCAAGUUGGUUAUUGGGAUAUUAUUUGCUGGGCUGGGGGCGUUCUUUAUAAGUAAUCGAGCAGAAAGGACCUCACAACUGUUUCAGCAGCCAGAUAUAAUCACCAUUGAGGAAGUUGCCUCAUCUUCCAAGCCUAUGGUUCGGGCAAUAAGGAAGAUCCCUAAAAAAUUAAAGAAACUUAUUGAACACUUACCUCAGCAAGAGAUAAAUGAAGAAGAAGCAUCCCUCUUUGACAUGCUGUGGUUAUUGCUAGCUAGUGUUAUCUUUGUACCAGCAUUCCAGAAAAUACCUGGAGGGAGUCCAGUGCUAGGUUAUCUUGCAGCAGGCAUCUUGAUUGGCCCUUAUGGGUUGUCUAUCAUUCAUCAUGUUCAUGGGACAAAGGCCAUUGCUGAAUUUGGAGUUGUUUUUUUGCUGUUCAAUAUUGGGCUCGAGCUGUCUGUUGAAAGACUAAGCUCGAUGAAGAAAUAUGUCUUUGGGUUAGGUUCUUCUCAGGUUCUAGUCACUGCUGUAGUUGUUGGGUUGGUAGCUUAUUUUUUCUCCGGCCUACUGGGUCCUGCAGCAAUUGUUAUUGGCAAUGGCCUGGCUCUUUCAUCUACAGCAGUUGUGUUGCAGGUGUUGCAAGAACGAGGGGAGAGCACAUCACGCCAUGGACGUGCUACUUUCUCUGUGCUGCUCUUCCAGGACCUAGCAGUGGUGGUUCUUUUGAUUUUGAUACCUCUCAUUUCGCCAAACUCGUCAAAAGGAGGGAUGGGAUUACAAGCAAUAGCAGAGGCGCUUGGGUUGGCUGCUGUAAAAGCAAUAGUUGCUAUUACUGCCAUAAUUGCUGGAGGACGCCUGCUUCUUCGGCCAAUUUAUAAGCAAAUUGCAGAAAACCAAAAUGCUGAGAUAUUUUCUGCAAAUACACUCCUUGUUAUCCUAGGAACAAGUCUUCUUACAGCACGGGCUGGACUUUCUAUGGCGUUGGGAGCUUUUCUAGCGGGUCUCCUCCUAGCAGAGACUGAGUUUUCCUUACAGGUUGAGUCAGAUAUUGCUCCUUAUCGUGGCCUUCUGUUAGGCCUCUUUUUCAUGACAGUUGGUAUGUCUAUUGAUCCGAAGCUUCUUCUUGCAAAUUUUCCAGUUAUUAUGGGGGCGUUGGCUCUUUUAAUUGCUGGAAAGACUCUGGUGGUUGCUCUAUUAGGUAGGUUAUUUGGCAUUUCAACAAUAGCAGCAAUAAGGGUUGCUCUUUUACUUGCUCCUGGUGGAGAAUUUGCAUUUGUUGCCUUUGGCGAAGCUGUAAACCAGGGCAUCUUAUCUUCUCAACUUUCAUCCUUACUGUUUCUAGUUGUUGGUAUUUCAAUGGCUCUUACACCGUGGCUGGCUGCUGGAGGCCAGUUGCUUGCUUCUAGAUUUGAGCAGCAUGAUGUCAGAAGUCUGUUGCCUGUUGAAUCUGAGACUGAUGAUUUGCAAGACCAUAUAAUCAUUUGUGGAUUUGGACGUAUUGGGCAGAUCAUAGCCCAACUUCUUUCUGAGCGGUUAAUACCAUUCGUUGCUCUUGAUGUCAGAAGUGAUCGGGUAGCUGUUGGUCGGGCACUUGGCCUUCCUGUAUAUUUUGGUGAUGCAGGAAGCAAAGAGGUUCUUCAUAAAGUAGGGGCCGAGAGAGCUUGUGCUGCUGCAAUAGCUUUAGAUACUCCUGGUGCAAAUUAUAGAACAGUUUGGGCUCUGAGCAAAUAUUUUCCAAAUGUUAAGACAUUUGUUCGAGCCCAUGAUGUUGAUCAUGGCAUUAACUUAGAGAAGGCUGGUGCAAGUGCGGUUGUACCAGAGACUUUGGAACCUAGUCUUCAAUUAGCAGCUGCUGUUCUUGAACAGGCCAAAUUGCCAACAUCAGAGAUUGCUGCCACAAUCAAUGAGUUUAGAUCUCGUCAUCUCGCAGAGCUUACUGAGUUACUUGAAGCAAACGGAAACUCUCUUGGAUAUGGAUUUUCACGGGCUUUGUCCAAGCCGAAGCCUCCAAGUUCUGAUUCCGACGAGAAUGAAGUUAUCGAAGGAGCAUUAGCAAUAUAGUUAUCAUACAUCAGAUUUCACAGGAGCAGAAUUUUCAACAAAUGUAUAGAUGAUAGUUUUUCAUUGGGAAAUUUCCCAAUUGUAAAUCUAAAGAAAAGGGGAGAACCCAGAAAACCCCAAGUUUUUCUUCAUUCAUUGGGCUUUAACCUGAGCCAAUGUGGUCCUAUCCUUUUUCGCUAUUCCGGAUUAGCGGGAGCGGCAAGUACUGGGCUGCCCGUUUUGUUAGGCAAUUUGCUCCCUCUAAAGUCAAUUUCUGUUGUUUUCAUUCACAAGGCUUUCUCACUUGUAAUUUUCUUCUAAGUGUCUAAGUUUUUUUUUUUUGUUUCUUCCAGUAUUCAGACUCAAAUUCUGUCAGUUCAAAGGUGUUUGGAAUUGAAUAAAAGGAAGCCUACAAAUCCAUGUUUACUGUGGUUUA